UGAAUAUUCAAUAACAUUACUUCUAAAAUAGUAUUCGUUUACCCUCUCCUGUCUCAAAAUUAAAUGAAAGUAACUGACACAUUCACUAAAUAUCAAUCAAAUUACUUCGUAAAUAAAAAUAAAGAUUUUUUUGUCACAGAUUCUGAUGCCCUAAAGAGAUACGAAGCUGUAAAGACUCAAAUAGGAUUUGUAUGGUGGAGUUUAAGAAGAAAACAAGAUAAAAUUUAUGUGAUACUCGAUGGUGUUGACCUGGAUUUAAAAAUCAAAGAAUUUAAGAUUGACAACAUGCUGGGACACAUUGUGAAUCUGAGAGAAGAAGACUAUCUGUGUGUUGAAGUAGUCGGGAGUUACAACAAUAACAAGGUUACACUGGCUGUCAGUGAUUUCUGUGACAGUGCAACCGACUUAAGUAAGGAGAUUGGAAAACCAAAAUCCACUUCUGACUUCUGUAGAUAUGUAAACAAAAAGCUUGAAGAUUGGAAAAAGGUCACUGAGGAGUGCAGUGAAAAAAGCAUCAAUGAAGAAGAAAACAAAGUCAAUGAAGAAGGCCUGGAUGACACAUUUGAAAGAGGAAGCCAAAAUGAGGUAGGUUUUCUAACUGGAGGAAUUGGUAUCUUACAAGUAAGGACUUUAAAGGGCUUUGUUAAACUAUUAUACAGUUAUGGAAUGCGUUCAGAGGGAAAAAGGAAAUUUAUGGUUCCUCGAGGGAGAAAACAAUUUCCUGAAGCGGUGAAGGGAACCAUAAGUCAUGUAUUUCUUUGCUUUUCCUCAGAUUGGAGAAAUAGGCAGCUUUAUGGUAUUAAUUUUACAUUUGAGGAUAAUGAAGCAAAUCCAUGUACAACCAGUGAAUCAUUAAAUGAAACUAUGGAGGAAAGUGAGGUUUCGCAAAACCUGUAUGCAGCAGAGGCCAAAGACAACUUUGUGGGGGAGUUCAGCGUGCCACUGAGGUACAUCAAGUCAGCAGGAGAAGAUAGGGCUAUAAGAGCGUUGAACCCCACACAUCUGGCCGACUUGUUUACGAGUUUCAACGCAAAAUUAGGACAUGGACUUCAACUCAGCUUUCCUCCAGCAACGGCUGUAAUUUUUGAAGAGGAAUAUCAAGCCAAUAUGGAGGUGGAGCUCAUUGAUGGUAAUCACACCCAUCAUGUGAUGAAACAGUUGAAUGAGCUUCACCCAGAGAGAGAAGACCUAAAAGCCAGAAACAACUUUUAUAUGUUUAUCUUUUAGAAGUCAUCAUAUACAAAAAAACUAUCGACUGGUGCCAUGUCCUACCUUGGGUUAGCAAGGAAUGAGGAAACAACAAAUAGUCUAAAGACAUCACAAAUAGAGGAACUGAAAAUCAUGAGGAACAUAUUAUUUCAUAAAUAUGGUGGAAAGUUUUCGAUAAAAUAUCAAGAUGAUAUUUAUCAGCUGUAUAAUGCCGUGUGUAUUGGUGAUCGAAAGGAAGAAGAAAAGCGAAAAAAGCGGCUACAACACCUAAUACGCCUCUCCACCAUGGACACCAGUUGCUGGAGCCUGGUGGAAGAAAUUGCCCGUCUGUAUCCAGCAGUCACCAUCUUUUCUUUCCGGGAAGUCAGCUGGUUAAGUGUUGACCAGACUCUGGAGAUCCUUCAUAAAGUCAUCGACGAAGGUAUCAGCAUUGCCAAAAUGAAAAAGUUGUUCAAAGAAUGCCCUUCUCCUCCAGAGUCGGCAACACUUGCCUUACAAAGAUUGCGAGUACAGGCUCCCAAAGAAAGGAAAGACAGAAAGAGAAAAAGUGAUACAUCAAGUAAUGCAUCGAAUGCAUCAAUUCCCAAGAAGGUUGAACUGAAUGGGUGUGAAAUGACUGAUCUAAAGGAGGAAUGUAGAAAUUUACAACAUGAUAUUGAAGAGAAAAGGAAACUGCGGAGUACCAUAGAGGGUGAUUUAUCUAAUUUGCAUGAUGUGAUUCUAAGUACCACAAGAGAGAAAAAAGAGUUAGAGAGAGAAUUGUCAUCAUUAAAGGAUGAUAUACAGAACAGCAAAGAAGAAAAAAGAGCUCUAGAAGUAGAAGUGGAAUUACUAAAAAGUCAAAGAUCCAGUCUAAGUCUAAGAAUACACGACCUAAAAGAAGACUCAUUGCUGUUAAAAGCAUCAUCUUGCAAGGAGUAUGAAAAUGAAUCAGCUACACGGAUUGACACAAGCAUGCCAUUUGCAACCCCCGCAACUCAGAGUGUAGGAUUCAAACCUCUGCCUGCGCAUCCUGCAUUUGGUAUCGCAGAAGAGAAAUGUGUCACCGCAGAGGUUGUAGAGUACAACAAUAAGAGGGUGUACUUGGGCGUUUUAGAACUUGACAAUUUCACAUAUUGCAAGACUUUCAUUGGAAAACUUGACGAACAGUUUUGCUUGUCAAACCUUAAUGCCAAUUCAUUAACACUGAACAAAAAAGAUGUACAAAAAUUUGGCAAAAAAGAAAAACGAUUUCUUAUUUUGUCCUGUACUUGUCCUAUUAAAGACUUACAAUUGGUUAUUGACAAUGAAAAAUGUAAAUACAUCAAUGAAGAAGUUUUGCGUUAUUACCAAAAGAAAAAGAACAUUUAAAAUGAGAAUUGUUCAAUUGUGAAAAAUAUGUGGAAAGUUUUAUAAGUUGUUAAAUCAUCGUUCAUAAAAGGAGUUUUAUUUGUGAAAAGUACAGUUGUCAAGCAAUUUUGAAAAAUCUGUGAAUUGAAAUCUGGACAUAUAUUUUCCUUUUCAAACAAUUGUUCAGAUGUUAAGUUUGAUCUUAUUAAAUGUCAAUCUGUAAAAAUACAUAUUAAGGUAUUUUGGUCAUGUACAUCUGUUUGUUUGUUAGUUUUUUUGUGUCCGGCUAAUAGAUAAUGACCUUUUGGCUCCAGCUGUAAGGGGUGAGGGUGUAACGGAUUCCAAAAAUAAAUUAAUGCUUUGAAAUCUGCUCUUUGAGAUCGAUAAACCUUUUAUGAUGAAGUAAAAUUUAUGUUAAAAUUUCAAAAAAUUUUAGAAUUUUGUGGCACCAGGGUCAGUGCUUCCUGUUAGUUGGGGUGCACAACUAGUUAUUAUAAAGUGGAAAUGCAUUUUCUCUUUGUUAGUUGUUACUCUAAUCUUCCUCUGGGAAUUAAGUAAGCAUGCUAAGUGUUUACAUGUACAUGUGUAGUAAUGAUUACCAAUGAUGCCUCUUUCAAAAUUGUGAAUUUUAUAGACUUUGGUUUGAAACAAAGCAAAUUCAAUUUUUGUUAAGUCGUAAGAUGAUACUUCAGGUGACCUUUAAAGCCCAUGGGCCUCUUGUUGAUUAAAGAAUCUUCUCUGAGUUGACAAACCUUGGUUUUGAUCUAACAACAAAUUGUGAAAAUAUUUUCUUAAAACUUGAAGUGCUGUUUUUAAUCAAUUUUGUUGAUUGGCAAUAAUUAUUCUGAUCUUCUAACAACUUUUUAUGCAUUUCAAGAACUGAAUUGUAGCAUUCUUAAAAAGCAGUUGUUAAAAUAUUUUGUGAAAUACUUCUAGUAUUCUUGAAAAACAUUUGUAAAUAUUUUAUAAAUUCUUCUAGUAUUAUUAAAAAGAAGUUGUAAAGAUUUUUUUUUUUGAAAUACUUCUAUAGUAUUCUUAACAAGCACUUGUAAAUAUUUGGAGAAAUACAUCUAGUAUUCGUAACAAGCAGUUGUAAAUAUAUUGUAAAUACUUCUAGUAUUCUCAACAAGCAGUUGUAAAUAUAUUGUGAAAUACUUCUAGUAUUCUUAACAUUAAGCACUUGUAAAUAGUUUGUUAAAUACUUUGGGAAUUCUUAACAAGCACUUGUUAAAAACAUUUUGUGAAAUACUUCUGGUAUUCUUAACAAGCACUUGUUAAAAAUAGUUUGUUAAAUACUUCGGGAAUUCUUAACAAGCACUUGUUAAAAACAUUUUGUGAAAUGCUUCUGGUAUUCUUAACAAGUACUUGUUAAAAUAUUUAGUGAAAUGCUUCUGGUAUUCUUAACAAGUACUUGUUAAAAUAUUUUGUGAAAUACUUCUGGUAUUCUUAACAAGCAGUUGUUAAAAAAAAUUGUGAAAUACUUCUGGAAUUCUUAACAAGCACUUGUUAAAAUAUUUUGUGAAAUACUUUGGGUAUUCUUAACAAGCACUUGUUAAAAUAUUUUGUGAAAUACUUUGGGUAUUCUUAACAAGCACUUGUUAAAAUAUUUUGUGAAAUGCUUCUGGUAUUGUUACCAAGCACUUGUUAAAAUAUUUUGUGAAAUAUUUAUGGUAUUCUUAACAAGCAGUUGCUCAAAAUAUUUUGUGAAAUAUAAAUGGUAAUCUUAACAAGCACUUGUUAAAAAUAUUUUGUGAAAUACUUUUGGAAUUCUUAACAAGCAGUUGUUAAAAUUAUUUUGUGAAAUACUUCUAAAAUUCUUAACAAGCAGUUGUUAAAAUAUCUUGUAAUGGUUUUGGCAUUCUUAACAGGCAGUUGUUAAAAAUAUUUUGUGAAAUACUUCUAGUAUUCUUAGUGACCAGUUGUUAAUUUUCUUUCUGUGAAAGACUUCUGGUAUUCUUAACAAGCAGUUGUUAAUAAUAUUAUCUGAAAUAAAAGGUGAAAAAUAUGCAUAGAUUUCAGUAUUUUUUGUACUUAACAACUGUACAGAAGUUUUGAUUAUA